AUGCCCUCUAUCCUCAACGACGACGACAAGGAUACCGUCAAGCGCUUCGUGCCCAAGCAAUCCAACAAAAUCCAGGCCGUUGCCGUCGCCAAGCUCUAUGUUGCGUAUCCCAAUCGCUCGAAAUGGACCUACACGGGACUGCAGGGCGCCAUUGUGCUGGCCAACGAUUUGGUCGGCAACACCUACUGGCUCAAACUGGUAGAUAUUUCGCCAUCCAACCGCGGGGUCAUUUGGGAUCAAGAGAUCUUCGAUACGUGGAGCUAUAACCAAGACCGAACCUUUUUCCACACAUUCGAAUUGGAGGAAUGUCUCGCAGCGCUCAGUUUCGUCGACGAGAAGGAGGCCAAGCAGUUCAAGAAGAAGAUGGACGAGCGAGAAAAGAACGCCAGCCGAGCCACGAGAGCCGCUCCUUUUGGCGGAUCCAGCCACGCUUCAGGAGGUCAAAAGCACAGCCUGCUAGGAAACAUCUUCCACCGACAUUCGACCGUAUCCAUGAUACCAGACACUGCAGCCUCCAACUUGUCUGGGUUUUCUCACAACUCCGGCUCUUCUGUCAGCUUGAACGAUAGCAAGGGCUCUGAAUUUGCCCUGCUGGACGCCUUCGACCCCCUUUGGCGAGAGCAUUUCGGCCAGGAUCUUAGCGAUAAGGGCUUGAAUGACGAUUUUAUCAAGGACAAUCAAGAGUUCAUCGUCGAUUUCCUCCGUGAAGAGCAAGCCAAGCUGGCCAGUGAGGCAGCGCCGCCACCACCACCACCACCACCAGCCCUACCUUCACCUUCUACCAACGGCCACGAAUCAAGAACCGUGAGGGCGCCACCUCCACCUCCACCCGCCGCAGCAGCAGCAGCGGCCGCUGCCCUGAACAGCUCUCCUUCUGCUAAGAGAUCUGGCCCUCCUCCCCCUCCAGCACCUCGGCGGUCCGGCGGCCAGGUUACCAGAGAUGCCAGCCCACCGAGAGCACCGUCUCCUCCUCGGCCGAGAUUCAAUGCCCCGCCUCCCCUGCCAGACGCAGGCAAGUUUGCGCAUCAAGCCACCGAGAGGAAGAAGUCGUCCGUAUUAUCAAUAAUACCUGGUGCUACUUCAUCUGUCCCUCCUCCUCCCCCGCGACCUGCCAAGACUCCUCUCGAGGCCGACGACCACAAGUUCCACGUUCCACCUCCCUUCACAGGCCAACGUGCACCCCCUCCACCAAGCCGCGGACCGGUCCCUCCUCCACCACCUCCUCGAGGCAGCGAUGCCGGCAUAUCGAUUCCUGCCACCGCCCCUCCUCCUCUGCCUCCAAAGGUGCCGACCGCGAGCGCUCCUCCCUUACCGCCGCCAAGUGCUCGGCCAGUUCCACCUCCACCAGCGGCAAACCAUGCACCGCCGCCUCCUCCUCUGCCGGUAGCAAACAGCAUUCCAGCUCCCCCUCCCCCUCCACCUUUGCCAUCACCAAAAGCGCCUUCAUUGCCUCCUCCGCUGCCCACGGUCAGCGCUCCACCAGCAGUUCCGCCUCCGCCGCCGCUACCAUCACCGGGAGUUGCCAGUCUUCCUCCUCCUCCUCCACCUGGUCCUCCGCCGAUUCCUGGAGCUGGCAGCGCUCCGCCGGCACCUCCUCCACCGCCUCCUCCUAUGCCCGUGACUAGCGCCGCUCCUCCCCCCCCUCCGCCGCCGCCUGGUCCCCCUCCGAUCCCAGGAGCUGGAGCUGCUCCUCCCCCACCACCGCCGCCACCUCCAGCUCCGUCCGCGGGUGGGGUCCCGCCCCCUCCUCCGCCGCCGGCGAUGCCAAAUCGGGACUCUGGCUACUCAUCUGGGGCUCCUGCAGCUGCUCUUCCAAAGGCAGAUGGUGGACGGGCGUCUCUACUGGGAGAUAUUCGCGGAGCAGGAGGUAUCGGGGCUCUCAAGAAGGUGGACAGGAGCAAGAUCAACGACCGCAGUGGAGCGGCCGUUGGUGGAUCUUCUGGCUCAGGUGCAGGAGCUGCUGCUAGCCCUGCAGGGCCGGGAGGUGUGCCAAAUGCUCUGGCAGCAGCUUUACAGAAGAUUAAAGACAAAGCCAGCAAGAGCGAUGAUGAAGAGGAAGAUGACGAUGACUGGUAAAGAAUUCGAACACAUUGGGGAAGAAGAAGAGAUAUCCACGCUAUCAAGUAUCAUGAUUCUCGGGGUUGCCUAGAUGAAAAGAAGGGAAAAGGAGAGGAGAAGGAAAUUGAAGUCACCAAGUCCACCAUACCUCAAUUAUACGAGGCAUCGUAAAGGCUACAUGUGAAGCUAUUUGGCUUAUUACAAAAUUCCAACGACGAGAUUCUUGCAAUUAGCGGCUACCACGAAGUAGGAAUAGCCAAAAAAAAACCCCGGGCUACGGAGAAAGAGAGAGAAA